AUGGCGUUACCACCCUCCAUCAUCGACGUUCAUACUCCUUCAGAAUCCUUUGCCAUCGUUCAUUCCAUGACCCAGGAAUCUCUGGAAGCUUUGUACGACAAGCUUAGCAGGAAGGCCCAUACUGCCUAUCAUGGCAGCCGUGUUGGACCUGGCUGGCUCAAAUAUGAGUUCAAUGACUCCAUCUGGAACCUUGACGAUGAUUCGGAUUAUACCAUUUUCGUUUGGCGUCAGCAGCAGGCCUUGGAUGACCAGGAAGCUUCUACUUCGACGGCAGUGCCCUCAAUAACCAUCAAUAAGAAGACGCCAACGCCGACUCUUUACCUCCACAAUCCUUCGCAACCCAUUCCUGCUCCGCCCGCAUACCAAAACGCGGCAUAUUACCUCUUCCAUCCCUCUCACAUUCCUCCUCGAAAGAGCCCAUCACCACGCCCACACAGCACAAAAUCUCGCAAGACCAAGGGCAGCAAGCGCACGAACAAAUCUACGCUAAGCGACGAAGACAGUAGCGUGCCCAAAUUCAAACGGGAAUUUGAGAAGUUUCAUAGUGCAAAUGGAGUCCGAACCGUCAUGGGAAGCAUUGGUCCUGUGCAAAAUGUACGCAUGCUACUGAAGUCUGGAUACCGACAUGUGUACAUUUCUCGGGAAUUUGCAAAGGCUCACGGUUUUAUACCUCAUGAUGCUGCACCUGGGCAUUACGGAUACGGCGGACUUGUGAAUAUUGGCACUUGGCCAAUAACACUGACACCAUCUUCCGCGGUGUCCAGUCACCCAAACGCUCCACCCCCUCCACCUGUGCCUAAACCGAAUAGCGCCAAAAAGAAAGACUCUUCUGAUAACAAGGAUCCCACAAAAACUGUGACCCUGAUAACUGUGUACCUCUCAGAAGAGCCACACUUUGACGUUGUACUUGGGAGGUCGUUUUUCGAACGCCGACAGAUACAGACAAAUCCCAUUGAUCCCACAGACAUUGUGUGUCUUGACACUGGGGAGAAGAUUGAGUGCGAAUUGAUCAUACUGAAGGAUGGGAAAGGCGAGAUUGUCACUGUGACGUAG